UUACAUUAAAAGUUAUUCUACAAUUAUACUCAUCAAAUUAGGUUAAAUGUCAAUAGCUUUUAAACUUAGAUUUUAGGUUAACUUUUCUGUCAUUCUUAACUUUACAUCAAAUAAAAAGAGCAAACUUUAUAGUCUUUAUCUGUGAAGUAGAGUUUUACACAGUAUACAUAAAUAGAUAUGCCAAAUCUGUGUUAUUAAAAUUUUAUGAAGAUUUCAAUCAGAAAAAAAAUACCAUAAAAGGCUUUGAGUGCAGGGGAAAAGUAGGCAAUGAUGAAAAAAAAUGAAAAGCAUCUUUAAACGUAUGUAGAGAGUCCAUAAAGAAAGCAAAAACAGAGAUAGAAAGUAAAACUAGAGCCUUUAGAAAAUGGAAAUUAGUAUGUUCACUAUUUAAGACUCAUGCACAGAGCAAAGUCUUCAGAAAACCUAGAGGCCAAGGUUCAAGGUUACCCACCUCACGUAGCCUAGCAAUAUUUGCAACAUCCCAAUGGCCCUGUCCUUUCCUUUACUGAUGGCCGUGGUGGUGCUCAGCUACAAAUCCAUCUGCUCUCUGGGCUGUGAUCUUCCUCAGACCCACAGCCUGGGUCAUAGGAGGGCCUUGAUACUCCUGGCACAAAUGGAAAGAAUCUCUCCUUUCUCCUGCCUGAAGGACAGACAUGACUUUGGAUUCCCCCAGGAGGAGUUUGAUGGCAACCAGUUCCAGAAGGCUCAAGCCAUCUCUGUCCUCCAUGAGAUGAUCCAGCAGACCUUCAAUCUCUUCAGCACAAAGGACUCAUCUGCUACUUGGGAACAGAAUCUCCUAGAAAAAUUUUCCACUGACUACCAGCAACUGAAUGACCUGAAAGCCUGUGUGAUAGCAGAGCCUGGGAUGGAAGAGACUCCCUUGAUGAAUGUGGACUCCAUCCUGGCUGUGAAGAAAUACUUCCAAAGAAUCACUCUCUAUCUGACGGAGAAGAAAUACAGCCCAUGUGCCUGGGAGGUUGUCAGAGCAGAAAUCAUGAGAUCCCUCUCUUUUUCAACAAACUUGCAAAAAAGAUUAAGGAGGAAGGAUUGAAAACUGGUUCAACAUGGAAAUGAUCCUCAUUGACGGACAUGUCAUCUCACACUUUCAUGAGUUCUUCCAUUUCAAAGACUCAUUUCUCCUAUAACCACCACGAGUUGAAUCCAAAUUUUCAAAUGUUUUCAGAAGUGUAAAGAAACAUCGUGUUUAUCUGUGCAGGCACUAGUCCUUUACAGAAGACCGUGCUGAUGUCUCUGUUCAUCUAUUUAUUUAAAUAUUUAUUUAUUUAAAUAUUUUUAAGAUUUAAAUUAUUUUUAUGUAAUAUGUGUACCUUUACAUUGUGGUUAAUGUAACAAUAUAUGUUCUUCUUAUGUAGCCAAUAUAUUAAUUUCUUUUUCAUUAAAUUUUUACUACACAAAAUUUCUUGUGUUUGUUUAUUCUUUAAGAUAAAACACCAACCCUGACUGUACACCUUGACUUAAAAAUAGAUGAUUUAAUUAAGUUAACUAUCAAUUUUAUUCAAGUUAUAGAACAAUAUAUUUUUCUAUACCAGGUUAUAUGUUGACUUCAAGAUAUAAACGUGAGCAUAAAAACUACAGUUCCUGUUCUCUUGUAUCUUUGAUUUUUGUCCAGAAAGAAAUCUAAAAACAAUAAUAAUGCUGAAUUAAUAUCAGUUAUGCUAACUGCUGAAAUAUGAAGAAGUAAAAAAACAAUGAAUUCCUCUUAGCAGAAGGUAGAUUGAGACAUGUCUGGAAUUAAAAGCAGAGAUAUUCUCUGUAAACUGACUUUCAACAUGUAAUUGAAAAGGUACAUUGCCAGUCAGAUAAAUGAGUUUGCAGUUUUCAAGGAAUACCAUAUCUGGAAAUUCCUAACUGGCAAUGGAAAGGCCAAAAAUGAAGGCUGUCAUGUGGGGAGCAAGUGGAGAAGGAAAAAAAGACUUAAACUGGAUUCUGAGGACAUUCCAACGUUUAAGUGUGGGAACAGAAGAGACACAAAGAAAACAGAAGUGGAAUACCUUAAUAUCAGAAGGGCAAGAGGGAAUGGUGAUAAAAGUGUAUUUAGAAAAUAAAUGUGCUUAGAAAAAGAAUCAACAGACUUAUGGAAAAUAUGAGUUAAAACUGAGCACUACAGCAAGAAAAGAGAUGGCAGUGCAGAGCUUACUGAGAGCUGUAUUGAUAGAAUUAAUCAGCAGAAGCCAUAUUGGGGUAGGUAGAGGAGUGAAUC